AUGGGCGUCAAGUCAGAAGCAGAUGUCUCUCCCGACCUCUCUAUCGAGCAGGACAGCGAGCUCCCGCAGCUCAAGCACACGACGGAGCGCAAGCUCAUGGCCAAGAUAGAUCUCUACAUCCUGCCAAUGCUAAGCAUCCUCUACCUGCUCGCCUUCUUGGACAGAGUCAACAUCGGCAACGCAGUCAUCUUCGGCCUAAAGAAGGACUUGGGCAUCACCUCGGGUACUGAGUACAACACGGCCCUGACCAUCUUCUUUAUUCCCUACGUCCUGUUCGAGAUUCCGUCGAACUUGCUGCUCAAGAAGUUCAAGCCUCAUGUCUGGCUCUCCGUUUGCAUGUUUGCAUUCGGUCUCAUUACUUGUCUCCAGGGCAUCGUGACCAACUAUGCCGGCAUUCUCGCGACUCGCUUCUUCCUCGGCCUUGCUGAGACCGGCAUGUUCCCCGGAUGCUUCUACUUGAUGGGCAUGUGGUACAAGCGAUCUGAAGCCCAGAAGCGAUUCUCUUUCUUCUUCAGCUCUACCACCCUGGCCGGCGCCUUUGGAGGCCUGCUCGCCAGUGGUAUCGGCAAGAUGGGCGGCCUGCGCGGCUACAAUGGCUGGAGAUGGCUGUUCAUUCUCGAGGGUGUCUUCACUUGCGUCGUCGCUGUCGUCUGGUUCUUCCUCAUCCCCGAUUUCCCAGAAGACGUCAAGUGGUUGACUGAGGAGGAGCGUGAGUUCAUCAAGGCCAAGCUGGCAAAGGACGUGGGCAAGGCCGGUGUCGAUUCCAAAGUCACCUUCAAGGACGUCGUCUCUAUCGUUACUGAUCCCAAGGUCCUCGUCGGUGGAUUCAUGUAUCUCGGCAUGAUUGUUCCUGCAUACAGCUAUGCAUACUUCGCUCCCACCAUCAUCAAGAACUACGGUUACGGACCAAUUGAAACACAACUCUAUUCCAUCCCCCCAUGGGCCGAAAACAGAAACAUCCAAUACGGCGCCCUCUUCCUCAUCACAUGCGGCACUUACAGCGCCAUGCCAAUCAUCAUAUGCUGGUACGCCAUGAACCUGUCCGGCCAUAAGCGCCGAGCCAUUGGAACCGGCUGGCAGAUCGGAUUCGGAAACACGACGUACAGCUUCCUUGAGAAAGACGCACCGAUGUUCAAGCCAGGCCACAGCAUAUCAAUCGGCUUCCUGUGCUUGGCCGUCGUCUCAUGCGUAGCGUACCUCUUCCUCAUCCUAAACCGUAACAAGAAGAAAGACGCCCAGGGCGCUCCAACCCAGUCUCUGGACCAGGAAGACGGCGACCUAGGCGACCUCAGCCCUAACUACAGAUACCAGAUCUAG